AUGGGAUCCUACUGGAGGGGUACAGGGGGAGUAAAGGCUGACACGCUGACCCCUCUGUUCUCUGGUGUCAGCCCUAGGUCUUCCCCUGUCCCCAAGGACAGCCACCCAAAGCUCGAGCCUGUGCCCAAGUCUUCAAACUGUGGGAAGAAAAAGGAGAAAAGGAAGUGGCUGCAGCAAGAAACCAAUGUCCAGACCCUCACCAGAGCUGGCCUCACAGCUCUGCAGGAUGGUCAAGCUCAGGAGGCCUUGGGCAGCUUCUAGAAGACCUUCCUGCUAGCCUUCAAGGUCCCAUCUUCCAGAGACAGCUCUGUUCUUCGAGCCUGUGCCUUCAACAUGGGUGCUGCUCCAGUCAUAGGACUUGAGCUACUUCUGAGAGCCCAUCCUGAAGAGAAGUCCAAAGGCUGGUGUCGUGCUGACCAGUGCUUCAAUGUGGCUUUGGCCUAUCAGGAGCUUGGUGAACUGACCCAAGCUUUGGACUGGUACCACAGGGCUCUGGGCCAUUACCAGACCCAGGGUGACCAUGGGGAAACACAGGCAAAAAUGGGAGCCUGCUGUCAGGCCCUGGGAUGGCCUAAGCAAGCAUCCUGCAGUUUACAGGAAGCAAGCCAGGCCUAUGCUCAUGCAUAGGUGGCUGCAGUAAGAUGCAUGCUGAGCAGUGGGCAGGGUGGGCUGAGUGAAGCGCUGCAGGUGUUGUAGGCUCUGGAGGAGCGCAGUGAGCUAUGCACUGCUCGGGGCCUGCUGGGGCCGCUCUACAAUGACCUAGGCAUGGCUCACUUCCAACUUCAACUGUUUCCUCUGGCAGUGGAGGCCUUCCUGCAGGCCCUACCCUGGUGUCAACAGCCAGCAGACCAGGCAACAGUGUUUCAAAACCUUGGAGUGACCUACAAUGUCCUUGGCCACUAUCAAGAAGCCAAGGAGUUUCACCAGAAGGCGGCCAAGCUGUAUGGCUCUGUGGGCCAGCGGUUGGAGCAAGAUCGGAGCUUGGGCGGCCUGGCUUUCUCGCUGAGCCAACUGGAAGACCACAGGGCUGCUUGGGACAGCUAUUUCCAUGCCCUGGGAGGGGCGGCAAACACAGGGGGACAUGAAGGGACAGUGCAGGCCUGUAAGGGCCUUGGAGCAGCUUCUGCCAGACGCGGGCAACAUGACCAGGCCUUGAAAUGCUACAAGAGAGCUGUUCCCCUUCCCCAGCAUAAACCAGGUUCUGUGCGGGUGCGGCUUGUGGCCAGGCUGAUCAAAGGACUCAUGUCUCAGAAUUUGAUCUCAGAAACCCCUGGGCUGUCUCCAGCAAGUAGGUCUGUGGUGGGGAUGUUGUGGCUCCCUGAAGGUAGCUGGAAGGACAGUGUGUCCCACAGCCGCCACAUUCAGUUCUCUGUCCCUGAAAACCUUUCAGCCUGGGAAAGGCAGAGUCCUGAGGAAGAUAGGGAGGAGAUGCUGCAAACAGGGAGCCUGCCUCCUAUGCUUCGCCAUUGCCCCAUGGCAGGCCCCUCUGCCUCUGUUAGGCCAUCCAUGUGCACCAAGGAAGCCAUCAGAAGGAAGUGCACCAAGGAAGCCAUCAGAAGGAACCCUCAGAGGACACGCACCCAUUCUGGCUUCUGCAUGAUCAUGUGA